ACUAGCUUCUUUCAUUUUGACUUUGGUCUCAUUUUAAGAAGGAAUUCUAUAACUUCAAACUUACGCUCCCUACGACCUCGUGCUCACGAAAACGACGCGCUGUACGACACGGUUAGCCCCUAAGGAUCAUUUACCACUGGACAGCACUUCAGCAGAGCUGAAUGAACAUAGAAACAUCUCGAUUCCUUCAUUCCGAAUACUUAUAUCAUGCCCAGCUUGCAUCUUCUUGCACGCAUCUACAGAAAGAAAACAACGUCCUUAGACCAUGAUGGCUCCGGGCCAAGAGUUACCCCUGAACCAAGAGCUUCACAGAACGAAAAUACUUUACCCAGAUCCAGCUUGUCAUCUCCUUUUGAACGAAGAAUUCACCCUAAUCUUAACGCUCUUGCAGCAGAGUUGUCGUCUGACAUACAGGAUACCCGUCCUCCUAACGAAACCUCUUUUCCACCACCAGCUUCUCCUUCGCAAAUUGACGUCAACAUACCUUUCCUUCCACUGACUCCUUGGAUUCGAACCCGACAUAGCUCUUCCAGCGCUAACCCGACCACGACUCAGAUUGCCAACACCUCGACGCGAACUCAGGAAGAACGAUCUGAAGUCCAAGAGCACAUACCAUCGAACAGGUCUAUAGAUCCUACUACUUCUCAGAGUAAUGCCAAUCCCACACCUUCCAACGAAAGACCAGAAUCCCGUACAAACCGCAUAUUCAAUCGUUUGACUGGAUUAGGGGCCCGUGCCUCACCCACCCCGAAUCCGCCCUCAGCUUGGAAUACUUUUGGAAGAAGAAAGUCUCGUAGACACAACUCUAUACCUCACGCGUCAGAUUUUGGUGCCAGCCCUGACGUCUCGCUUUCCAACUCACAACGUUCGCGCGCCAGUUCCAAUCAAACGUCCCCCUGUCAAUUUCUCAGUCACAUUCUCGAUCCCAAUCCCAAUCCCUGUCCUUUCAAACUCCAUCGCAUACUCAGCAUCCUCAUUCCCCACCUUCCUCAGCAUUUACCUUCGGCCCUGUUGGUCCUGUAUAUGGUCAAACUCCGUCUCCUCCUGUUCUUUCGACAUAUCCAGCAUUGCGCUUUAGUCUAUUCAGUGGUGAGAGUGGAGUAGUACUAGACGAAAACGUUGAUGAAGAGCAUGAUAGGACGGGAAAUACGAGCUUUGAUAAUAAUAUAGAGCCUUUAUUUCAACCCCGGACUUCCGUGUCUAUGCCCUCUUUGUCCCAGCAUCGACUGUCCGAAUUGGCUUCGCAUCAUAGCCUUUCGUCUGGUGCAAGACCAAUCAGACCGCGGGUGCAAGAUAUUUUCCCGGCGUCAUCAUCACUGGAGCAGAUUUCCCAAGGCAGACAAAGGAGAAGGUCGGAUAGAAGUUCGAGAGCAAG